UCUAAUGACAGGACCUGGUUUUGAGUUUUGUCACUGGUGGUGGCAGUAUACGCACCUUUUACGUAGAUUUGGAAGUCUCCAGUCAACACAGAGCAGAAGAAGAAGAACAAGAUGGCGGAACGAGGAUACAGUUUUUCUCUCACCACAUUUAGCCCUUCGGGUAAACUGGUCCAGAUUGAAUAUGCUCUGGCAGCUGUAGCAGCCGGAGCCCCCUCAGUGGGCAUCAAAGCUUCCAAUGGAGUUGUCCUGGCAACUGAGAAGAAACAAAAGUCCAUCCUGUAUGAUGAGCAGAGUGUCCACAAAGUGGAGCCUAUCACUAAACACAUAGGCAUGGUCUACAGCGGCAUGGGACCUGACUACAGGGUUUUGGUGCGACGAGCCCGGAAACUGGCACAACAGUACUACCUGGUUUACCAAGAGCCAAUCCCCACAGGCCAGCUAGUCCAGAGAGUGGCUUCUGUUAUGCAAGAAUACACACAAUCUGGUGGAGUGCGUCCGUUCGGCGUUUCAUUGCUGAUAGCUGGAUGGGAUGAAGACCACCCCUACCUGUUCCAGUCAGACCCCUCUGGUGCAUAUUUUGCAUGGAAAGCCACAGCCAUGGGCAAGAACUAUGUUAAUGGAAAAACAUUCCUUGAAAAAAGGUAUAAUAAUGAUCUGGAAUUGGAAGAUGCCAUCCACACAGCCAUCUUGACACUGAAGGAGAGCUUUGAGGGUCAGAUGACAGAGGAGAACAUUGAGGUGGGAAUCUGCAAUGAAGCCGGCUUCAAAAGACUCACCCCAGCGGAGGUGAAAGACUACCUGGCAGCCAUUGUGUGAACACACCCUCCAAUGAUGACUGGGCUUUCAGGCUCCAUUUCAAGACAAAGGCAUAACAGCACAGUAGCCAACAGUCUCAUAACACGUUUUUGUAAGCCACAGUUCAUUGUGUUUUGGUCAAACAUAAGAACAUGAAACACGAAAGGAUGACGGCCACAACUUCAUUACAUUCAAGAUUAUGAAUAUAAGCUGGCAGAAUCAGACUGCCUCUUUGGAACUGCACCAGGACCUAUUUUCUCUUUCUGUGUGUGCUAAUGUGGCUCCCACUCACAACUGUAUUGUCCAAACUCCAUCACUGGCUUUGAAAUGAUGACCUCAAGUUAUUACAUCACUAAUUGGCUUUGUUGUCAAACACAUAUCCUGGUGCUGUGAAAUGUGACGGUUGCCUACUGUGCAUAUAAAAAGGAAUGUGGACUCUGAUGAGUGAAAUCUCAACUUCCAUUGAAUUCUUCAUUUUUCUACAUCUACAUCAUUACUGUUGCAAAGGCCACACUGCCAAGCGUGGUUGUUUAUUCAGUGUUCUGCCUGCACCCAUUGUGAAAAAUGGUCUGUGAUUGCAGAAAAAAAAUCAGAUGUAACAAGGUUAUUAGAGACCUUGUAGCACUAAAUUUGUAUCCCUCAAACAUACAAGGACUAGUGGAAAGGAGAAUGCAAUAGAAAGCCUUGAGAUUUUACUAUCAGGAUCAAGUUGCCUGUAGGGCAGUUUUACAGUGUACUCCUUUUUUCAGGCACUAACAAUUCGAGAGUUUGUAUUUUUUCUUCUGGUAUCUGUCAUUUAUUCAAAUAAAAGAUGAUGAGUUGA